UGGAGUAUUAGAGUACAUGCGUACACUUUGUCCGUAUAUUUUCUUUCGAACUUGACCUCGCUAGUACAUCAAAGGUAGUCCUCUUAAUGGUAAUUCUCUAAUAAUUCAAUUUCGUUUAUUGACUAUUUUGAGAGAAACAGCAUUGAAAGAUGGCUGUGGCUGUCAGAACUUUUUCAAAAUUUACAGUGAAAAAUUGUAGUAAUUUAUUACGUACCCAAAUAAGAUUCAACUAUAUAGAUACUAGAAAAAAUUUAAAAAUUGACUCUAACACCAAAGUUAUAUGUCAAGGUUUUACUGGUAAACAGGGGACAUUUCAUUCUAAACAGGCCAUUGAAUAUGGUACUAAAAUAGUAGGUGGUAUUAGCCCUAAGAAGGCUGGAACAGAACAUCUUGGAAAACCAGUCUAUAAGACUGUAAAAGAGGCAAAAGAAGCUACCGGUGCUACUGCAACUGUUAUUUAUGUUCCUCCUCCAUCUGCAGCAGCAGCUAUUAUGGAGGCAAUAGAUGCUGAAAUGCCAUUAAUUGUAUGUAUUACAGAAGGUAUUCCACAACAUGACAUGGUCAAAGUUAAAAGACGACUUUUGGAGCAAGACAAAUCUCGUUUAAUUGGCCCAAAUUGCCCAGGAAUAAUAGCUCCAGAACAGUGUAAAAUAGGUAUUAUGCCAGGACACAUACAUCAAAAAGGAAAAGUUGGUAUUGUAUCAAGAUCAGGAACAUUAACAUAUGAGGCUGUGAAUCAAACAACCCUUGUUGGUCUUGGACAAACACUUUGUGUUGGAAUUGGUGGUGAUCCAUUUAAUGGAACAGACUUCAUUGAUUGCUUAGAUGUAUUUCUCAGGGAUCCAAAUUGCGAUGGUAUUAUAAUGAUUGGUGAAAUUGGUGGUAGUGCAGAGGAAUCAGCAGCGGAAUACCUCAUUGAAAAUAAUACUGGGAGUAAAGCAAAGCCAGUAGUAUCAUUUAUUGCUGGUAUUACUGCCCCACCUGGUCGAAGAAUGGGACAUGCUGGAGCAAUCAUUUCAGGAGGAAAAGGAGGUGCUCAAGAUAAAAUCAAUGCACUUGAGAAGGCUGGUGUAAUAGUUUCAAGGAGUCCAGCACAAUUGGGAAAUGAACUCUUAAAAGAAAUGACACGUCUUGGCUUGGUCUGUAAUUAAGUACACAUGCCACUAUAAAUAUACAUAUGUAGUUUGCCUCAUAUGGAUGUAUCUUCGUACAAUAAAUUGAAAGUAUAAACAA